GUUCCAUUCACGAAUGGCUGUGCCGAUGUAACUUUAUUUAGUAUAUUGUAACCUGAAAGGUUAUGUCAGAUGCUUUCACUUUCUGUACCCUUACGAUCGGGAUGUUUUUUUAAAAAGAAAAGAUAAAAAGAUUCUAAAAGAAGGAAAAAUAAUAAGUUACUAAGCUCUGAUAUUCCUUAAUUGCAAAGUUGUAGAAAAUGACCGAUACUGGAGAAUAUGAUGAAGAUGACAAUAAUGAAGUUCCUGUGAAGAUUCAUAAGGGGUCACUAGAAAGUACAACGCAUGAUGAAAGGGUGCAAGGCAGUUCCGGUUUUCGUUCACCGCAUUCUUCAAGAACGAAUGGAAAUGAGUAUCAGCCUUCGACAUCACAGUAUCCCAGUACGUGUGUGAGACCAUUGGCACCUACUUUAAACAAUAUUAGGAAUCACGAGACACACAGAGGAGAACGAAAAGACAUUAUGCAAAAGAAAGAAGAAUGUCGUACAUGCAGACGUAAAAUCAUUAGAAACUGGAAAGUUUUGAAGAAAUAUGUUUUCCCAGCUGCUUUACUAGCAAAACUUGACGAAAGAAAUCUACUCAGUCGAGAAAACUUUGAAGAUCUUGAUAAGAUGAAUAGGUCAUUAGCACAAGACAAAGUUUUAACCGCUAGUUACCGAAACAUACGCACACAGAACAAGUUUGAUAUAUUUAGAAGUGCUGUAAAUGAAGUCAGUCCUGGUGCCAAUAUUGAAUGGGAUGCAAACAAUGACAGCAGAGUGCCAUAUGACAAUAUCAAGAUACCUCAAUAUGUUUCAUCAGACAACUUAAUCAGGCAAAAGUUAGGACGAAUUAUAAAAGGAAAAGUUGCAAUCAACAUAAAGGACGAUUUUCUAGUUCACUCAAUCAUAACUAUUGAUGAACAUGAAAUAAUAUCAAAAGAUAUAAGAGAUCACCAAUUAAUAGAAAUGAUUUUGAAAAAAGUUGAGGCACGUUCAUUAGAUUGUUUGGUAUAUAGUUUACAACAUUUCAACGAAACACAAAAGCAAAGUAGUAUCGAGACUCUAGUGGAUAUGUUAUAUAGAACAAGCAAACCAUCAGACUUACCAAGUACAAAAAGCUCAAUAGAAAUGCAAGAGUGCAGCUUUAAUCCAACACUAGAUUCAUCAGCUGAUUUUCAGGUAAAACUGAACCUAACUAAUGACAACCAACACAAACAGCCUACUUUCAAUGAUGCAGUUGUACAAAAUGUUGACAACUUAACGCCAGACUUGAUGAGGGUUCUUGGUAGUUAUCCUGCUGGAGCAGAAAAAGGAUCUGUUAUCAUAUUUUUAAAAUCGUUAGAAAAAGACCUUGCAAAAAGACUCCAGGGUAGUCUUAUUGAUGAUAGUUUUUGUGGGUUAAUAGACAAACUGUUUAAUGACAAAUCAAUAAAAACAUCAUUGUCUAAAGGAGAGUAUAAGCUGGAAGUUACAAUAGAACCUUACGAAGGAGUAGUCUCUCAAGGUUUGAAUGAAUCUGAAUGUUUGACUGAAAAUGAAAAACGUUCACCAUCAAACCUGAUAUCUGUUAACAGAUCCUUUUUGAUCGACCAGAUAAAUGUUAUUGCAUUAUUGCAAGCUUUUGGCAGUACCAACACAGAGACUAUUGCGAAAUUUGAAAAGGCUGGAAUUUAUAAAGCAACUGAAAUCACAAAGCAGUCGGAAAUUUUUCUUGAUGUUGUUGAGAAAGAAGGGCUUCAAGAGGCAUUUUGUAAUAUUCUGCAAGAAAAAGAAAUGACAUAUGUUCUUAACAGACUUCAAACGUAUCAGAAAGUGUGUUCUGCAGAUUAUACCAAUUUGCGGAGAAAUAUCAUUCACAAGUUUGAAAAACUUGUAAAUAACUUAGAUAUCGAUGACAUGAGGGAGACAUUCGUUGAGAGGAAAGUAUUUGAUAACGCUACGUUUGAUAUAUUAGAAGAGCAAUUUGAAGACAACAGGGAACAAGCAACAGCUGCAGUUCUCAUUGAAAUAUUAAAAGCAGGACAUGAAGCCGUAGUGACUUUGGUGGAUGUUUUAUACAUGAACGCCAUUGAUUCUCUGGCUAAUGAUUUACUUGCACCGCUCCCAGCGAAAACUGAUGACGAAGAAUAUGAAGAAGAUACAGAAAUGGAAUUUAGCAAAUCUGAAGGCUUGUUGUUUAAGGGAACUUUUCAAAUAAUUGUAGAAAACGAAAUAGAUGACUGUGCUAUGGAAAAAAAGGAAGUAGGAGAAGAGACUUGUUCCAAAUGCCUGAAAUAUAAGGAAUUCUAUGCGAAUGAACUUUUGGAAAGAGAUAAAGCCAACUUAAAAAACUAUGACAAAAUAUUGGUUCAACAAGAGUAUAAACAGUUCCUAAUGGACACAAUGAACAAGGAUAUAAAAAUUUCAGAAGAAAGGUUUUGUCCAAUCAUUCAGAAGGAAAGGGAAAACUUUUAUCGCCACUCUACAGCUGUGCUUGAUCUCGGUAAAGAAGCAUUAGCGAUGUUGUUGAAACAUGAACUGUCCAAAAACGGUGUCAAAUUUGUAGACUUUCUGGCAGAGAACCGACAUAAUUUUUAUCACUGUGUCUAUACAUCUUGCUGUCGUUGCCAAUUUUACAUACCAGAAAAAUUGAAAGGCUUUCCGCUAUCUGUGGAGCAUUUGGAAAUUAUACUUAAUAGCAAAGGCACAAAACUAAACGAACAUCGACAUGGAAACUUUUCACAGUUGUGUUGUAGUCCUGUCAAUCACGACUUAACAAUUGGUCAACUUGACUUUGUGCUACUGAAACUUCUAUUGGCAAGUCUCCAAUUGCAAUCUUAUGUUCAACAAGCUGUUGAUAAAAUUGAAACGUGCAGAAAUGAGUCAUUUUACAAGGCGGAUAUUGCAAGACUUAAAUAUGUAAAGUAUCUAGAGUUUAAAACAGAAUUUCAGGAUGCUAUUCUAACUGUGUGUCGCUAUUGCAACACGGAGAAAGAAAUGGUAGGAAAGAUGAAGGCCAUAAUGUUGAGACCACUGGAUAUGACUUCCUUGUAUAAACGUCAACAGAAGAUUCUCGACGCAGUCGAAGAGAUAACGGACGAAAAGAUCAGAAAUCGAGUAGAAGACAAGGUGGGAGUGGUUGAAUUCCAAUCAUCACUUUCAGAAGUAGAGUGCAAACAACUUUGCGGAAAAUUUUACAAACAGGCGAAAGAUGAAUUAACUUAUAUUCAGGCUGAAUCAGAAAAAAUCAAACCUCAAGCUGCUUGGUGGGAUAAACUCAUCUUCCAUCAUAAAUACAUGAAAGUAUAUAAAUAAUCAACUAAAACAUAGGAGAGCAGGCAUUCUGAUGUUUAUAUUUACCAUUUGUGUAAAGAGCUAUGAAGAUGUCUUACAAUAAUUCUGUUUCAUGAAAAUAAUCUACGAAUUUACUAGACAAUAUUACUAUUUGGUAAAUGCAAUUAAUGAAUUAGAGCGAUAUCUUUUUGAAAACACUCAAAUAAAUUCAGGUGUCAAUUAUUGACAUUUUUAAGCAGUUAAGCUGCUUUAUGCGAGCACCCUAGAUUUGUGUUCUACCCAAUAAAUGCUGAAAUAUGUGCCAUUGUUAUUAUCUGGCUGGCUAUUAUGUUAUUUAUAACUAAUUGAACACUUUUUUCAUACUUUUAAUUCUGGAAUACAAAAAAUAUGACCAGAAAAACCUUAAAUGAUCGUCGAACCACCCAAAAGUUUUGAAGUUGCACAUAGGAAGUAGUGCUCAAUAGAAAUCCUUAUGUAGUUUAUUAUCCCCUGUGCUUUUGGCCAAGAUGUCAAAGAACAAUUGCAUGAAUUAUUUCAUCGCCGAAAAUCUCUAAUUACAAGUCGUUUACAGUUGCCAAAUGGCACAAAGCGCAGGAAUAUUGUAUAACGGCUGUGACUAAUAUGACACGGAGUUGAAGUCUCAGUUGGCGGUAAUUUUAACUUCGUCGACAAUACGUAAAUCAAGGACGUUUUAAAUUUGGUGAUUUCUGAUAAUAAUCAUUUUGUUCAACCGCUAGCUUUAUACCGAAAAUCGCCAACAUGUUAUGUGUAAAUCCGAGUAAAUCGUAUCUGACUGACAAAAACAACAUCGAAAAACAAUGGAUGCCAUAAACCGGAAAUGAAGACAAUUAUAAUACCGGAUCUAAUUCCGGGGGAGGAUAAGGGAAAAUCCGGGUUUGCCGAUCAAAUACAAUAUAUAAUAAUUCCAGGCAUGAGAUAAAAUACAUCUAUCAUGAUGAAAUAUAAACUCUAGAAUUGAAAACCAAAGAUAUAUUGAAAAGAAAGAAAAAGCAGGAAAUAUUUUAUACAGAAACUCAAAAUUACUUUUAGUUCACAAAUUUUCAUGUCAAAAACCAAUAAAAUGUGACAGCAUUUUCCUUAUCAUUAAUAAAUAUUGAUAUUACAUGUAGAUGUUUUUAUUGUUUAAACAUAUUACUACAAUUCCAUGAGGUAAUUUCUUCUCAAUUUUGAAGGGCCUAUAAAAAUCUGGAAGUUUCUUACUUUAUUUUCACAGAGGAACUAGCUAAUAUAAUAUAUAGUGCAACUAGAUAUGAUACACUUAAACAGUUUUGAAUUUGAACUGUUUAAUAUAAUGGUAUAAUUAGUAAUAAAUAAUCAAUUGUUGAGACAACACAUCCACCCACAGUGAUACCCUCAGCCUCCCUCAGCCUUCCUAAUACAAAAAAAAAGAUUAUUUGAAUUCAUAAAUUAAUAUACAAGACAAUUACAUUUAUUAUUAAACAAGUUAAACGACAGUGACACUGACAAUGAAACAAGCUAACUUAACACCAAAAGCACAUUAAAGUAUCUUACUGAGUUAUGAACUAUUUCAAGUAAAAGCAGGACCUGGAAUUUAGGUUGUGGACCUUUCAGUUUGGAGUGUCAAAGGUCCUGGACUGUCCAGUACCAAAUGUUAAUUUUAACCCCUGCAUUCACAGUAAAGCGAUUUUGACGUGUAUUGCAAUUCCAAGUAGAAUUUACUUUUGGACAUUAAACGUUUCGAAUGCGUAUUAAACUAAUUCAAAUCAGUUAAUAAUGUGAAUCGAAUUCGAAUUAUGUGUGAACGCAGCAUUGAUAUAUCUAAGAAAUGAAGAAUAUUAAAAAAAGAUGGACAAAAUA